CAUCCUUUGUCAACGGACGUCUCCUAUGUGGGUUAGAAGAUGGACUCUGUCGUGGACGCUGAUCGUACUAUAUAGCCGGGGAGUCAUGGAGAAAGCAACCACCCCCCACCCCCACCUCAGAAACAACCUCCCACCCUUUUACCGCUGAAUGCAUUAGUCUAAUGAGAGACUGCGGCAACAUUAAUUGGGUUAUGAUGGUGGUUUUGUCACAGGAAGACAGUAUAAUUUCUCUUUUUCUUCUUGGCUCCAAAUGAGUGCACCCGCAGCGACGGUGCAGCAGCGAGCAGACGGGAACGACGACGACGACGGUGAAAUGCAAGCGGCCGCGGUGGCACCAUCCUCCUUCAUGCAGGGCCAGUCGGGCAAGAUUCCGGGCAGGAAGCGAGGCAGACCCCCGCUGCGAAGUGUGACCAAGAUAGAUUUCGCCAACCGCUACGCCGACUCGCUGCCGCCACUCAAAGUGCCGAAGAAGAGGGGCAGGAAGCCGGGAUUCAAGCUGAAACCCAGAAUGGUGAUGACGCCGUUGGCCAUCUCGCCACCCAGCAGCACCCCCGAGCCCGACAUGAGCUCCAUCCCUCAAGACGCCGCCACAAUCCCCCACUCGGCCACGCCGCAGGUGCUCACAGUGUGCAUCUACAUCAACAAGCAUGCCAACACAGGCCCGAACCUGGACCGGAAGAGGAUCCAGCAGCUGCCCGAUCACUUUGGGCCUGACCGGCCGUCGGUGGUGCUGCAGCAGGCCGUGCAGGGAUGCAUCGACAGCGCCUUCCAGCAGAAGACCGUCUUCACGCUGCUCACGCAGGGAUACGGGGGAGAGAAGAUCUCGGCCACGUUUGACGGCAAGCAGCACCUCCUGAGCCUCCCUGUGGUGAACAGCAUCGACUACGUGCUGCGCUUCCUGAAGAAGCUUUGUCGCAGCCUGCACUGCGAGAACCUGUUUAGCGACCAGCCCAUCAGCCAGCGUGCCUCCUACCACUCGGACGUGGAAACGUCUCCGGCCGAGGAUUACCGCCACGAGCACGCCGACGGGAAGCGCUACCCGGUGACGGAUCACCGAGAGUCCGCGUUCAACUCGAUCAGCUCCUCCUCGUAUUCGUCUUCGCCAAAGUCCUCCUACGGCUUCAGCGCAUCGCAGCAGUUCUCCAACGCGCCGGCAGCCUCCAGGCCGUCGCCGAGCAGCCCCGGCGCCUUUGUGGAAAGCAACAGGACAGGUGGCUAUGCCGUGCAGGAGUCCAAGGCCCCGCCCCCCGGCAAGGAUCCGUCCACGUGGAGCGUGGACGACGUGGUGUGGUUCAUCCGGGAUGCCGACGCCAACGCCCUCGGACCUCACGCCGACGUCUUCAGGAAACACGAGAUCGAUGGUAACGCGCUGUUGCUGCUCAAGAGCGACAUGAUCAUGAAGUACCUCGGCCUGAAGCUGGGGCCUGCCCUCAAGCUGUGCUACCACAUCGACAAGCUCAAGCAAAGCAAGUUGUAGGAUCAUCGCACCUGAUUGGUCCGUUUAUAGGAAAUCGCGGAAGAAACGGGCACCAUAGGCUCACUGUUGUAGCUGCCGACUGGGUCAAAUCGAGGAGGAAACUACGAAUGACUGUUAACGAAAACACCUUUCACACUCCCUUGAAAAUACUUUUUUUGGGGUUUUUUUUUGUCUUUGCGUUUUCUUGGCUGUUCGCGAUAAACAACGCUGACGUGGAAUGGAGACAGAAAGCUCGGACUGAACCAUUUUGAAAAUUAGUCCAAUUUUCAUCUUUUAUGAAACUAAGACUGCACCUCCGAAGCAUUGAACUGAUGUAGACACUAUCAACAGUAAAUCAUAUAUUUUUUAAAAAGUAAAGCCUACCGACUCACCAAAAUGCAGCACUUUUGUUGAGAUUUUUUUUUUCCAUAAUUGCAGCCUUUUUUUUUUAUUUGAAAAUUGUGUUUGACGACAUUUGCAAUAUCAAUUUGAAUUUGAUUAAUCAGCCCGAGACAAAGCUGACCCAAAUUUUGGGGUUCGAGUUUAGUAUUAAAGCGGUCACGGAGGCAGGAGAAAAUGAGAUAAAAUGAAUUAUUAUUUUAUCCAAAUAAACGAUUUUACAUGCACACGUGAACUGCUUUUGGCUCAUUGGGCUGUUUUGAAAAUCCAAUGUGGCCCCCGGAGCACAAAAGCUUGCCCAGCCCUGCUCUACAGGGUCCUUUCAUUAUUAUAAAUACCCGCACUGAAAAAAAGCGAAAAGCAUUUACUUUAUUUAAAGAUAUUUCGAUGCUAUUGUUUUUUUUUCGGAAGCGGUGCCUUUACUGAAUUAGCUUGUUUUACGCUAAUUUGACGCAAAAUGAUGGUAUCGUUCCGAGGAAGCGCAGUAAUAUGCAUACUGUAUCUAUACAUAUACAUUCGGGGUGGAACACAAAAACGAUUUCAAUCGGGAAAGUUGGUUUUGAUCUAGCGAAGUGUUAUACUGCCUCCUGGUGGCCAAGAUGGGCAUACUGGAAGGAACGGCACAAUGAAAUAAAUUGCAGCAUGAUUCAUUCUUUACAGUCUAAUUAUGUUAUUACUCCUGAUGUGGCCAAAUUGAAGCACUGAACUGUAUCGUCCUUGAAACGUAUUUCAAUUAAUGUAUUGAAUCCUUUUAUAUAUAUAUAUAUAUAUAUGUGUGUAUGUAUUUAAUAUUGAAACAGCAUUCUUAAAUGGUAUCGUAUGCCUCUCGAAUCGUCUUUAGUUGGAGAGGCGCACACCCCUAAUGUACAUGUGUACAGAUACUACAGAAUGCGCGGAAGUGUUUCAUUGUGCACAAAUGUCACAAGCCUCACCAUUUUCAAAGUCCAUCUGUUAUCAGUGUUGACAUCGACGAGGACGAUGUGUGUUUUGUGACGGUGCAACGUCGAGGAAAAUAUCAAUAUGCGUGUAAUCCUGUAUGUGAGUAUUAAAUCAAGACGUGUUAACUACUA